GCGCGUUCCCGACAUGCCUCGCGGAGGCCGUCAACCGCCGGAUUUGAAUCGCGGCACUGCUCGGCGGCGGCGGGAUGGGUGCCCAGUCGUUACCCCCGGCCUGGCAGCUCUACCUCAAGGACCAUCGCGUCUCCACGUUUAAGAACUGGCCCUUCUUAGAGGGCUGCGCCUGCACCCCGGAGCGGAUGGCCGCGGCAGGCUUCAUCCACUGUCCCACUGAGAACGAGCCCGACUUGGCUCAGUGUUUCUUCUGCUUCAAGGAGUUGGAAGGCUGGGAACCAGACGACGACCCUAUAGAAGAACAUAAAAAGCAUUCAUCUGGUUGUGCUUUCCUUUCUGUCAAGAAGCAGUUUGAAGAAUUAACCCUCAGUGAAUUUUUGAAACUGGAUAAAGAAAGAACCAAGAACAAAAUCGCAAAGGAAACCAACAAUAAGCAGAAAGAAUUUGAAGAAACUGCAAAGAAAGUCCGCUGUGCCAUUGAGCAGCUGGCUGCCUUGGAGUGACACCUCCCUGUCACUGCUGCACAGCGACACAGACGUCGUUUCCAGGGCACACCCCUCAGCGUUACCAGUUUUUCUCUGGAGCCUCUUAACUGUGCCUUAGGAAAGCAGAACAUCAACAUUUUGAAAUGAGAAUAUUUAAACUGUAUUUUUUAUUUUUUUUCUUGAAGUUGAUGCCAGGGUCUUCUUCUGUUAUAUAGCUAGAGCUAAGUACAAUAACUGACCCUGUCUUUUCUCUUUGGUAGUUUUCGUUUUUUUGCUUCCUGGACUUAGCAGGGUGAGGGGAGACAUUUGUUCACGUGGGUAGAGCCCUUUUACAGCAACGUGUUUGGGCUUCACGAAGCUGGUGACUGGCUGUCCAGCUGAAAUGUGAUGCGUGAAUGUGAUCAUAGGUCCGUUAUGACUGGACAAACAGGAUUAAGAAUGCCAUUUUAAGUUCCACUUGCAUAAUAUUCUGCAUUUAUGGUAUGCACUCAUCAUGUCCCAGAUGUUCUGUAUUAUCUCACACUGAUGUCUGCAGGUCUGUGAUCAUCUCUUUCACCCCAUCAGGUCUGUGGUGUCACAGCAGCUCCCUUCCUCCCAGACAGACUGUAUGGCCCUCCCUGCCAUGCCUCUGAAAAUGCCCUGUAUGUUAGGGGUUCCUUGCCAUCACAUCUUGUGAUUUUCAGUUUCAUAGGGGUAGCCAUGGGAUUAGACCCCAGGCUCUGCCUCUGGACUUGAUCUGUGUCAGAGCCCUUUCUGUAACUGUAAUAUGUGUGACUUGGUGAGGGGGAUGCAGAAGGACUGAUGUCUUGAGAGUAGAGCUGGCCUCUUGCUUUGUGGUCAGCUUGAAGAUACUUCUGCCGUGGCUCCUGGCAAGGUUGCAACAUUUUUCUACAAUAGACAGGGAGGUCUUUCAUGCGGAAAAGGAAUGUUUCAGAGGCCUGGCUCUCUGCUUCUGGAUAGCAGAGCACACAGAGUGGAUUCUUCCUGGGGAGUCCCGCUAUGGACCAGCUGUCAUCCGUUGGACGGGGCACACAGGGGCAGGAUGAAAAAUCUGAGGAAGGAGUUCAUGGACUUAAGUAUUAAUACUCUUCAAAUACCUACUUUCCAUUAAUGAUGUGCAUUAGGCAACUGAUAAUUCUCCUGUCUUUCCAAUGUGAAUCUUCCUAAAGGAAUAAAUUAAUUUAAAAAAUAGAUUGCAAAACCUCUUUGGGGGAAACUUUUUUUAAAAAAGCAUGUUUUUUUAUGUUGUUUUCAGUCUUGCAUGAUCAUAAAUGCAAUGAUGUAUGUGUUUCAGCCCCAGCACAGACUAAGCGAAGAAUUGGAGCAGUUGUAAAAAAAUAAAAAGCGUGUGGAACACCCACUCCGGCCCCAAACUGGCCUUUAACGGGACGCUUGCCUUCUGGGCUUGGGCCUGGUGCCUAUUGAAUUGGAGCUGCAGUUUCCUCACCAGUGAUGCGGGGAUCCUACAGGCUGUGCGGCCUCAACUGGCUUUUUGUGUGUGUGGCAACAGGAUUUUCAUGUAAAGAGGAAUUGGGACAAAGCCCUCAGUCCCUCCUAAGAUUCUGUAGUGUUGUUUUCUUAUCUUGUUUGAAUUAUUAUUUUGCAUAACAGGAUAAACUACAGUUAAAAGUGAGCACAAAGCCUUUCUUAGUCACUGGGGACACCAGUGUGAACUUUAGGUGGAUUUGGAGACAAAGUAAGAUAGCAGGAAAUAUCUGGCAGAAACUGUCAUGAGAUUGCUGCACGGUUAGCCAGCCCUGAUGAGCUGGUGGGUGCACACUGGCUGCUCCUCUGCGAGAACAAUGCAGUGGCCUGAAUCCCUUCUAAACGACUUGGCUUAGAGCUAUGGGGACUUGGUGUGCCGUGCAGGCGAUCUGUCAGCCCUGACUGGCUGUGUCUCCAUUGCUCCACAUCUGCGCCACGUUCACAGCAUUGCCUCCGCAGCGGUCCCCUCCUCUCCUCCCCGAGGCCGGCUCACGCAGGGCUGAGGCCUGAUCUUCAGAUGAUAGAUUUUAUUUCACCAUGCUUCAUGAAGUAAAGCUGCAGGGUGGAUUGUUACUGUCCUAUUGGAACCUCUGGGGGUCAUCUGGGUAAUUGCUGAAGAAUAAAAACUGCUUCAUUUCAAACA